AUGGCAAAGGACGCCGCCUUAAAGGAUCUGAAGACAAAGAAGCGUAAGGCUUCCACGCCUGAGCGCGAUGCCGAAAAGCCCAAGAAGGUGAAGAACGUUGCCACCGAUGCUUCAGAAGCUCCAGCAAAGAAGCGCAAAGCCACCGAGGAUGCUGCUCCUAUCAAGGCAAAGAAGUCCAAGAACCCCACCGACUCGACUACCACCGAAGGUCUGAUACCCGCCCAAGUCAAGAAGGCGAAGAACACUAAGGCAAUUUCCAAUGGAGGUUCCGAGGCAAAACCAGCAAACAAGUUUGAAGUUUCCGACAAGCUUGCCAACAAGAAGGACAAGAAUGUUGCGAAGGCAUCUGAGAAACCCGUGAAGGAGGCCAGCAGUGGAGCAAGCGCGCCUACCGUUCCCAAGAUGGACAAGAGCUCCUCGAAGAAGCAAAAUGCUACCAAGAAGAACGUCGAGGACAAGGGUGACGAGGAAGUAGAUGAGGACUCGGAGGACGAAAUCGACGAUCAGACUGAAGCACUCCUCAAAGGUUUUGAGAGUGACGGUGAUGAGGAAGAUGACAAGGUCGAGGAAAUCUACAAAGAAGGUCUUGAAAUUCCGGCAAUCACAGAAAACAAGAACCUCUCCAAUAAGAAACAACUAAAGCUUAAGAAAGUCGCCGAGUUUCCUGGUCAGGGCAAGCCGGGUGUCGUAUUCGUUGGUCGUAUUCCCCAUGGAUUCUACGAGCAUGAGAUGAAAGCCUACUUCGGACAGUUCGGCAAGAUUCUCAAGCUUCGUCUGUCACGCAAUAGGAAGACCGGCGCUAGCAAACAUUACGCUUUCAUCCAGUUCCAGGAUGGGGGUGUUGCGGACAUCGUUGCUAAGACAAUGGACAACUACCUCAUGUUCGGCCAUCUUCUCAAGGUUAAAUUAGUCCCCGACGAGCAAGUUCCGGCAAAGGUAUUCGAGGGUGCCAAUAAGCGGUUCAAGAAGGUCCCAUGGAACAAGCUGGAAGGUCGCAAGCUGGAGCAGGGUGCAUCCGAGGAGGUUUGGGAAAAGCGCAACCGACAUGAACAGGAGCGAAGAGAGAUGAAGGCUAAGGAGAUGAAGGCAAUUGGCUAUGAGUUUGAUGCUCCUGCGCUCCAGUCUGCCAAAGGUUUUUCCAAGAAGGCAAAGGCCGUUCCGCAGUUGACAGAAAACGACGGCGAGACUGAGGCUAUCGAAGCUGCACCAGCUGCUGAGGACAAGAUGAAGGCCCCCGAGGCUGCACCGAUUGCGGAGGAGUCAAGCAAGUCCAAGAAGAAGAAGAAGAAGUCCAAGGCUGAGAAAGAGGGUAAGGGUGCAGCUGCUGUUGACGAGCUAAGCAAGUCCGAAAAGGAGGAGAGUUCCGCUGGUGUCAAACCUUCCAAGGAGGAAGUCGAGGAAUCUGUCACUGCUUUGAUCGCGGAGACCGCCAAAAAGCCAAAGAAGGAGAAGAAAGCCAAGAAGAAUAAGGAGAUCGUAACUCCGGCCUCGAAGGAUGAGGACGACGAGGUUGAGCCAGCCGGCGAGCCUUCCAGCAGGCCGAAAAAUGAUAAGAAAAAGAAGAAAGCCAAGUUCGUUGCUGAGUAG